AAUGUGGAGUUCCCAUACUAAGUAUUUUUUUCCAAACUUUCUACUAGGAAGCCUCAUUUGCUAUUACUGAGGUUAUCUUUUUCCCUUUAAUUCCACUGAUUUGUAAUCUUACCUCUUAUUUUAUUUUUCUUGAGACCAAAAAAAAAAAAAAAUUGCAGGGCAGUGGCAUAAUCAUGGCUCUCUGCAACCUCUACCUCUUAGGCUGAAACAAUUCUCCCAGUAGCCUGUGUAGUAGUUGGGACCACAGGCGAGCGCCACUAGGCCCGGCUAAUUUUUGUACUUUUUGUAGAGACGGGGUUUCCCCAUGUUGGCCAGGCUGGUCUCGAACUCCUGACCUCAGCGAUCUAAUGGCCUGGGCCAAAGCGCUGGGAUUACAGGCAUGAGCCAUGGCACCUGGCCAACUCUUAUUUCUGAAUUAUGUUUGAAUCCUUUCUUUUUCCCAUUUUACAUUACAUUCCUAUCACUUUUAAAAAUCCCAGAUAAAUAUUUUAAAGCAAAAACAACUAUUAUUUUAAAUAUUUGUAAUUUUCAGAUAUUAGGACUACUGUUAGAAUGCUGGCUUGACCCAAAAUAAGGUCUGUUCUUAAAAAGGACUCUUUCAAAACAGAUGACUCAUCAGUUUUAAAAAGCACUCUACCAUUAGGUUAAACAUACAAAGUACGUCUUUCUAUGACUACAACUCAAUCAGAAAUUAAAGUUUAACUGCAGAGUAAAGGCAUAGUUUCUCAUACAAAUAAAUGACUGGCAAGAAAAAAACGACUUUCUUUUUUUAAGGAGGAAAGCAAUUUAAUGUCGUUGAUUAUACACGACCACUUAACUUUCUUAUGUAUAAGCUUUGUUAAAAAAAAAAAAAGCUAAGCAGUUUUUCUCAUUUCUAUGCAUGACUUUUCAAAAUCACAAAACGUAAUUUCAGAAAAGAUUGAGUUUGGGACAAGGAUGAAAAAUACGUUAAUUAGAAUUACUAAAUUAGUACCAGAUCAGCAUUUUCCCAAACUGUAGUUCUGACCUGCAGUACAAACUCUAUGCUGAGUUUUUAAACUAACUCAUUAAUUUGAGCUAUCUCAAAUCAUGCAACCGCCUCCAUAUCUCCCAAAUUCACUCCUAGACACAACUUAGACCAAAAACCACGUAUGUGCUUCUAUAAUUAAAACGGGCAAAACGUCCUUACUUGAUACACAUUUCUGCCUUAAAAAAGAAAAAAAUAAUUCUGUGGGGCAAGCAGUGCGGGUAUUACCCAUAUUUUAUGCAUAGGGCAACUGAAAUCAAAUCCCUGCCCUAGGCUAUUUAACAGCGGAACCCCCAGUAAGGAUCCGGGGGUUCUGAGGUCUAGUCCAGCCGCGUUCACAUUUCGAGGUCGGCUCUGUGAAUCCUCGGACUUUAAAUUCCUGCGGUUUUCUGUCAUGGAGAUAAAUCACCACUAAAUUCCUGUGUGCUCACAGAGUCCUGCAGACACGGGCCCCACUUUUAAACUGAAAAACAAGCUGGGGACGGGGGAGGGGGGGGCACGCGACGCGCGAACCCUCAAGGCGAGAUAACCGAACAUCCUUGGGCUGUUUGCCGAGGCAGUCUUGGAGUCCUGGAAUAGGUCACCAGGCUCCAGCGACUAUAAAGCGCGGCCGCCGAAACCCGGUCCGGCUCAGAUGACAAUUUGGCAGCCUCUGGGUGUCUGCCUCAGCUCUGCGCAGCCCAUGCUGCGCUCUUGCCACUCCGCGUCCCGCGCCUGGUGAGGCAGAGCCCGCCCCGGACCGGCGCGCGCACCCCAGGGCCUCGCGUCGCGUGACUCGGCCUAGGCGCGGAGGGUUAGCGCCCGCCCGCGCCAUUUCCGACUCAGCCCUCGGUUCAGGUUCCGGGGCGUCGCAGAGCUCCCGGCCUGUGGACUGCGCGCGGCGCUCUGGGGAAUCCAGCGCCACGCGCCGUGCGGUGGCCAGGAUGGAGGAGGCCGGAGCGGCGGUGGUCACGGCCGGGGAGGCCGAACUGAACUGGUCCCGCCUCAGCGUGUCCACCGAGACGCUGGAGUCUGAGCUGGAGGCGCGGGGCGAGGAGCGGCGCGGCGCGCGGGAGGCGCUGCUGCGGCUGCUCCUGCCUCACAACCGUCUGGUGUCGCUGCCACGGGCGCUGGGCAGCGGCUUCCCGCACCUCCAGCUGCUAGACGUGAGCGGCAACGCGUUGACCGCGCUCGGGCCGGAGCUGCUGGCGCUGCGCGGCCUGCGCACGCUGCUGGCCAAGAACAACCGGCUCGGCGGGCCCAGUGCGCUGCCCAAGGGCCUGGCCCAGUCGCCGCUCUGCCGCAGCCUCCAGGUGCUCAACCUCAGCGGCAACUGUUUCCAGGAGGUGCCUGCCUCGCUCUUAGAGCUGCGCGCGCUGCAGACCCUGAGCCUGGGCGGCAACCAGCUGCAGAGCAUCCCGGCUGAGAUCGAGAACUUGCAGAGUUUAGAGUGUUUAUAUCUUGGAGGAAAUUUCAUUAAAGAAAUCCCACCAGAAUUAGGAAAUCUGCCUUCUUUGAAUUAUUUGGUAUUAUGUGACAACAAAAUCCAAAGUGUACCUCCUCAACUUUCACAAUUACAUUCACUUCGUUCCCUAAGUCUUCACAAUAACUUGCUGACAUAUCUGCCUCGAGAGAUCCUCAACCUUAUUCAUUUGGAAGAGUUGAGUUUACGAGGAAAUCCAUUGGUUGUUCGUUUUGUUAGAGAUUUAACCUAUGAUCCUCCAACUCUCCUGGAAUUAGCUGCACGGACCAUUAAGAUCCGAAAUAUUUCCUACACUCCCUAUGAUCUUCCUGGGAAUCUUCUUAGAUACUUGGGUUCAGCCAGCAAUUGCCCAAACCCAAAGUGUGGAGGAGUCUACUUUGACUGCUGUGUCAGACAAAUUAAAUUUGUGGACUUCUGUGGGAAGUAUCGCCUCCCACUGAUGCACUACUUGUGUUCACCAGAAUGCUCUUCCCCUUGCAGUUCUGCCUCUCACAGCUCCACAUCCCAGAGUGAAUCUGACUCAGAAGAUGAAGCUAGUGUUGCUGCACGCAGAAUGCAGAAAGUUCUUCUUGGUUGAACAGGAGUGCACGGUGGUGUGAAAUACUUAAAAAACUGAGCAAAAUAGUUAGACAAGAAAAUAGAGCUUGAAGUUCACUAGAAAUCUUAUCUUAAAUGGUCAUCAAAGAGUCUGGGGUGAUAGAAAACAUUUUGUGUUUCAUCUACCCAUUCAGCAGGAAUGAGUCCAGUCUCAUGUUUAGAUUAUUUUAACAUAAUUUGUGAAUGAUAGUUCCACAUUUGGCUGAUGGUUUGCAGUUUUCACUCAAGUUUUGCAUGAAUCACGAAGCAGAAUGGUACCUUUUGAAGAGCAGUUCUGCAAUAAGCCAUGAGUAGUAUAACUUUUGGAAGUUGAGAUGGAGAAAGUGAGAAAUUAUCAAAGCUAUAAUUGCCAGAGUUGCCCUUGGGUUUAGGUAGAACGCUGUAUACCAUAUAUACUAUAUACCAUAUAUACUAUAUAUACCAUAUAUAUAUUAUAUGCCAUAAACAGGAUUAACCCUCCCUUUUUUAAUUGCCUGUAUGUCUAGAUUACAGAACUAUUCAGAGAAGCUCACAGAUGGUUACAUGGGACAUAAACCUUUCUGACAAACUAACUGGUAAAGUAAGGCAUAUAACGUUUACGUGAGAUAUUAAAACUUUUUCAUUAUUUUCCUUUGUUCUAUAUGAUUGCUGUUAACCUUAUGUAAUCUAGCAAUGACUGUUAUAGUGCCUUAAUCCAGCAAGGAUAUAAAAAUGUAUUCCAGAAAUAAUGCCAGAGCAACCUAUAACCUGACAUACCAUGCAGAACAUUUUAAAAUAUUCUUUAACAGAACUAGGUAAAUAACUGUGUAUCUAAUAUCUGAUCUCAUGGCCCUCUUAACUUUUUUUUGUUUAAAUGUGCACUCAUCCCUUAUAAGCACAUUACUUUUACACUUAAUGGUAGGCCACAAUCUUGAUCAAUCUGUUCAUCAUAAGACAGAGUAAGAAUAUUUAACAGAAAAUUCUAAAAGAGAUAGAAGUUAGGAAAGCUUCUUUAUAUCUUGCAUUAAAUGGGUAGGGAAAAAAUAUGACUCUUGCCCAUGUCAUGUACUGGACCAUCUUUCUCUACUUUUUAAAGAAUAAUACAACUAGAAAAACAUCACAACAAGCCAAAUAAAAAUGGGGAAAAGGAGUCAUUGUCCUUAUACCUAAUGGAACAGUUUCCAGAACUACUUUAAAUAUGGAAGCAUUUUUGAAAAUAAAGUAUUAAUAAAAUAGAAAAAAAUAUUAAAUAUAUUGUAUCCUUAAUGUAUAGCAGGAAAAUAGUUUCACAAAUUAAUUGCUAUUAGAAAUUACCAAAUUUUUAUUAACUAAUAUGCAAUACAAAUUGAAUAAUAGUACAACUAUAAGUUGAUAUAAAGUAAGUGCUUACUGGUAAUCAUUAAAUAACUAAUAACAUGACUUGUUGGUUAAUGUUAAACAUACAGUAAGAAAUGUUAAAUAUACAGGUCAGAUAAGCAUUAGAACAUCAGGUGAUACCUUUUCUGAUUUCUGGCAUUCAUGGCACACCAUUUCUUAAAAGCAGAUUAUUGUAUAACAUAUACAUGUAUUAGGGUUUUUUUCAUAUAUAUUUUUUAUUUUAGAAGAAACUAGCAUAAUUCAGGGUUUAUGUGUUUAUUUUUAUUAAUUCAUGAAACAUGAGAGUUUCAUGAACUGCAGAUGUGAAACGCUGCUAUAGAAUGAAUCCCUUCACCUUUACCUUGUUAUAAUGUAGUAAGAUUUUGUUUUCCUUUUGACUCAGAAAUUUUCUAUGUCUAUAGAAGUAAUCUAUUAUGUUCCUACUGCCUAGAAGAGUAAUACAUGGGUGAUUAUAUCAUAAAAUAGAGGUAUAAAGUCUUUGCUUACUUCUCCAUGUGAGCCACAGCAAGCUGCAGACUGUACAGUUAUGAAAGGUAAAGAUGACUUAGGCUGUGCCUAAGUGACAAAUGUAAAAUGUUUUGUAAAUAAGUGACUUUACCUAAGAUACAUAAGAUAUUUUCAUAGAAAAUAAUGUAUUCAUAGUAAAAUACUCAAAUUGAUAGGACCAAUUUUUUCUGGCCUAAAUGCUUAUGCCUACUUCCUAAUCAAUUAUCAGCUUGACUUAAGUAACUGCUUGAGUAGUCUUCUAAGAGUUAGUCUUUGUAAAAUAAAUGGAUAGGUAUGUAAAUAUAUAACCUUACAUACCCUUUCCAGCUUCCUAGAAAGGUCUACUGCUUCAUCUUUUACAGCUAUAAAUAGGUCCAACCAGAAACAGUUUCUGGCCUUUGCAUAUAAGAAUAUAGAUGUAUGCCACAGUAUUAUUUCAACAAAAUGUUAUGGUUCUAUGUAUAGUUGAAAAAUCUGUGAUCAGUGUACAACUGUCUUUUGGUAAUUUUUAAUGAAGUCUACAUUUAGCCGUUGGUUUUAUCUUUCUUAAAUCUUUGACCUAACCUUUUGUAAGAGCAGCUAAUAAUUUCUAAGAUUUUCCCUGUUUCUUUUUCCUACCUUUCCUUUUCUCAUAACUGAUUGGAGAAAUUAAUCAGAAGUCAAAUACAAGGGACUUCCUAAUCUAGAAACCAGAUAAUCAGCUCCCAGGUCAUAUAGCUAACUAUGCAUUUAAAAUAACAGUCUGUCUCUUUAGUUCCUAAGUCAUAUAUUUGUGUUUAAUUACAGUAAAUGAACUUUAAUUGGGGUUUUUAAAAGACAGAAUUAGCGAAGUCUAAUUUUUAUAAUGAAAUAAGUUUUUGAUAUUGCUCUACUUGGACAAUUUUAGUGACCAAAACUAUGGAUAAAACUGCCUAAGCAUAACAUUAAUAUAUUUAGAAUGGCAUUCUUCAGUGCUAGUAUUUGAAAUUGGAAUUAGUACAUUGUGCAUUUUUUGUAGUCUUUAUCCCUAGAAUCAAUUCUCUCAGCAUCACCAAACUGAGUUGGUGGAAUAGUGCUAAGAUUCUGGGCAAUAGGAAGAUUAAUGAAUAUGCUACAUUGAUUCCACGGUGCCAGGGACUGGCUGACAUUAAGGACCAGCUGGCUACGGUCCUCAGUAUUCUAGUAUUUGAGUAGUGGAGGUAAAUCCAAAGGCGACUGGUUAUAUUUUACUUCUGAAUGUGUGCUGAAGUGUCUCUUGUUCAAAAAUUCUUGAUAUUUGGAGCUUCAAGUUACCACAUUUAAAAGUAAAGACUUGGCACGGUGGCACACACCUAUAAUCUUAGCACUUUGAGAGGCCGAAGUGGGUGGAUCAUAUGCAGUCAGGAAUUUGAGACCAGCCUGGCCAACAUGGUGAAACCUCAUCUUUACUAAAAAUACAAAAAUUAACCGGGCGUGGUGACGCACACCCAUAGUCCCAGCUAACUCCGGAGGCUAAGACAAGAGAAUCACUUGAACUUGGGAGACAGAGGUUGCAGUGAUCUGAGAUCACUCCGCUGCACUCCAGCCUGGGUGAGAGUGAGACCCUGUCUCAAACAAACAAACAAAAAAAAAGAUUUGCAUUGUAAAUUGUACCUCAAAUUUGAGCAGUUUUUGUGUUUGUGUAAAUUAAAGUAAAAAGCAGUCCACAAUAAUGUUUUGUAAUAGUGCACACCAUUUCUACCAGAUUUUGUAACUAUCAGAUUUAAACAAAAAAAAGAGAAGGAAGAGGCUGAUUGCUGGAGUGUUAAAGAAAUCUUUAGAAGCCACAGGGCUAGAAGAGAAGUCACCAAACACCUAGGGACAGUCCUAGGCCAAGAAACCACUUUAAAGUAAUAGUGAAUUGUUUUAAAAUUAAGUUAUUGAGUGGCCUACUGACUACCAUCCGAAAGCCUUUAUCACCAAAUUUGUUCAGCAUUUGCUAUUGGGAGAUUGUCCAUAUCCCUCCAUAAUUAAGGGCCAGCAAGUAAUAGGAUCCUCUUACAGCCAACCUUGCUCUUCCCAAAGGGAGAAAGUAAUACAUCAUUAACCUGGAAUUUGUGGUAUAACAGGUAGCCUUGGUUAAUGUUUACCUUUUCACUAUGUAAAAAAGAAAAAACACACAGCAAAUAGUGCAAAUAAAAUUUGGUCUUUUAAAGCAUUUUAGCAGUAGCUAUUUAUGUAAAAAGUUAAUGGUUAUUAUUCCUAAAUUUUCAUAAGACCCUUGGUAGACAAAACUAUCAAUUAUAUUAUGUAUAUAUAAGGUUAGUUAAGCUGCAUUUAGUCAGGAACAUUUAAUUUUUACCUAAAUGAUCCUUUUUUCAUCCAAAAGUAGAGAUUUUAUUAUGUCAUUAUGACUAUUACUCCCCAUUUAGUCCAAAAUAGUGAGCUUUUAAGUUGUGCCAGGUACUUAACAAUAGUAAAAGCUAUUGUAUAGAUUUUUAUGCAAUGUGACCUAUAAUACAUAGUUCUGAUUCCUUCUGUAUUGAAUGUCCCUGUUUCCAUAUUAAGUGCUAUACCCUAUAUAACAUUAAUGAAUUUAAUAGUGUAUAAUUUUGGGCCAGGUGUGGUGGCUCAUGCCUGUAAUCCUGGCACUUUGGGAGGCAGAGGCAGGCAGAUCACCUGAGGUCAGGAGUUCGAGAUCAGCCUGGCCAACAUGGCAAAAUCACAUCUCUACUAAAAAUACAAAAAUUAGCCAGGCGUGGUGGCGCAUGCCUGUAGUCCCAGCUACUCAGGAGGCUGAGGCAGGAGAAUCGCUUGAACCCAGGAGGCGGAGGUUGCAGUGAGCCGAGAUCGCGCCAUUGCACUCCAGCCUGGGAGACAGAGCAAGACUCUAUCUCAAAAAUAAAAAUAAAAAUAAAAAAUUGCGUGCAAUUUUGUAUUUUCAUAGUCGUAUCUUUUUAAAGGUAUCAGUGAUUUCAGUUGUGGUCAGAAGUAUGUGCCUUAAAUCCUCUACUCCAGACCCAAAGUUUGGAGAGCUAUAUUAUUUAAUAAGUUGUUUGUGACAGCCUUGUUACCAUUUUCAUUUGAUUUGAGGGAGAAAGACUGUGAUCCUGACAGAUUCCUUUUCAUAAAAUGGCCUAAUGUGUAUCAGUCUAGGACUUCUGAGGAGGGAACCUCUACCAUGCAUUCUGUCCCAGGAUGUCAAAGUCAUAAGAAUCAGGGUCCCCUGAAAUAAAAUCACUGAAAAGAUAUGUUCUCUUAUAUAUUAUUUUAAAAAUUUAUCUGGUGCCACCAAAGAAUGACAGCAGUUUCUAACCAACUUCAUAUUUAUAGCAUCUUAUGAAGAUAUUGUAAGGCUUAGCAUAUUUUGCCACUGGUUUUCUUUGUAAUAUAGGUUGAAAGUGAGACAUGUUUGAAUACUUUUGUAUGUAAAUAUCUCCCAUUCUUUUUCUAUCUCUUCUUGGUCUAUAUUUACUAAGAACUGAUAUUUAAAAAACAGUUCACUAAUGAACUCUGCAUAUUAUUGAGCACUCACAGGGCAAUAUUGAUUUGGGUGCUACUAGACUUUUACCUAACAUUAGUCUUUCUCAAUAGUUGUAAGGGACAGUAUUCAAUCCAGUAAAUAUUAAAGUGUAUUAGUUUAAUGAAGGUUAUUUAUAUACUGUCAUACCACAGAGCUAUGGUGGAAAGAACAUCUGCAUUCACCAGAAUGUACUUGUUCCUUUGGCUGUGAAUAAAUUGGAUAAGACUUUUUUAUUGUAAGUUCCAGCUGUUGGAAGAUACGGGGAUAAGAUUGACAUUGCUGUUGCAGUAUUGCAAAAACAUGACUAAAUUGGUUAAUUAUGUCUACCGCUUAUGUUUAAGAGAAUCCUUUCACUAACUUAAAUUGUUAACAUUGUUGUGAUAUUGAGAAAGAAUAUUAACCUAAACAGUCACUUUACAACAAUCAUGUAAAGACGUGUGCCUGCAGUUGAGGUUUUUUGCAUUUCUGAGCCUGCUUUGUAUUCAUGAGAAACAAAAACAUAAUGGGAGAAAAGUUUUAAAUAACCAGCAUUGUAAGUUUUUGCAAAGUUUGGGAUGUCAAAGUAUUAACGAAGGAUACUGAAAACAUACUUUUACUUUGGUCAAAUUAUUUUUUAUGAUCUGAUUUCUUAAUUUUCUGUAUUUGAAAUCUUGCAAAUUAGGAAUAUCUACAUCUAUAGAUAAAUAGAUAAAUAAAACUUAAUGGUAGAAAUAAGUGUAAUUCAGCAACAUGAUUCAACAAUUUUUAUUUUUAGGGGAAGUUACUGUUUAUUAUAUUAAUAUCAAAUUUAUAUAUUACCUUGUAAUGCUACAUACUCUUAAAAGAAUAUACGGGCUACUUCAAUUCUACCACCUUCUUCCCCCUCCCCCAGGACAUACAAAAGAUCUUAUAUUAACCAGUCCUCUGUGUGAAUUUUGCCAUAUCAAACAUUGUGCCUUAUUUUAAUAAAACUGUUUUGUUGGAAUCCAGUUCUAUAUUAAAGUCUCUAUAAUGUU